GAGGGGAAAUAGCUGACACACGUACGGUGCUGCCACUUCAUUCUCUCACUCUCUCAGCUCGUCUUGCCAUGGGUCUGUCAAUAUCCACACUCUUUAGCUCGAUAACCUCUCUGGUUCGUUGGAGUAAGGACAAGGAUGUCCGGAUAUUGAUGCUUGGAUUGGAUUCGGCUGGCAAGACGACGAUUCUGUAUAGGUUACAGAUCGGAGAAGUUGUCUCUACCAUUCCAACAAUCGGCUUUAAUGUCGAGACUGUACAGUACAAGAACAUUAAAUUCCAAGUAUGGGACUUGGGAGGUCAAUCAAGUAUCCGACCAUACUGGCGUUGUUACUUCCCAAAUACUUCAGCAAUCAUCUACGUGAUUGACUCCUCUGAUACUGCCCGUCUGCCAACAUCCCGCUCGGAACUGCUCACUAUGCUCUCAGAAGAAGAGCUUGCAGGAGUUCCACUUCUGGUGUUCUGCAAUAAACAAGACAUGGAAGGUGCAAUGAAGCCAGAAGAGAUUAGUGAACAACUGGGCUUGGCAGGUGGGGAGAAGGGCCGAGACUGGAGUGUACGGGGUAGUUGUGCGACCAAGGGAGAAGGUUUGGAGGAGGGUUUGGAUUGGCUGGUGAAUGCCAUACAAAAGAAGUAAAUGGCACUUCCUUGUGUUUUUCUUUCUGUUUCUUGGUCGGCCUCAUCUAUCCGCUGUCGCAUCCCCUGCAAACGUAUCGGACACCUAUUUAAUUGUUCUGCUGCAUUAUACACAUACAUACCCUUGUACCAUUCAUUAUUAUCGCUGAUCUCUAUUAUGAGCCUUUAGAUCUCCCCUC